GUUAUCUUGUGGGAUGUCCUGUCCUCUGCAUUUAUCUGAUUGUUUCCUCAUGGUGUGGUUUAGCUCAUUCCUCUUUUCCUCAUAUUUUCUAUAAACUGGAAGUUAGGUUUAAAGGCUUGACUUGAUUCAUUUAAGUCAAACAUUUGUGGCAGGACUACUUCAAAGGUGAUGUGUAAUUCAUAUGGUUCCAUGUUGGGAAGCAUAUGCCAGGUCGUCCCUCUGUCAGCAAUGCUGGGUUUGAUUGCUGGUUAAGGCGAUCAUAGAUCUUUCCCUUAUCAAGAUACAUUAGAAAGUAACCCAAGGGGAGGAAUUUGGUUCCAUGGGACUUUCCUCAACACCUUUCACCACAGGUUUUAGUAUUCAUUGAAGAUGCUUGUCUUAUAAUGAAAUUGCAAAAUGGUGUUUUACUAACCUAUUGUCCCCCCUGCACUUAUUUGCCAGUGUUCUUCUAUAAUCCCUACACAAUUUUAUUUUUCGAUUACAUGUGCAAUCAUACAGUUUCAGGUGUUUAAAGAUGUAUCAGAGCCCAGCAUGGCUCUUGGGUUUAGAAUUCCUGCUCUAAAAGAGGAAAGCACCUGACUGACAUGUCAGGUUUGUGUGGACGGGAGCUGUAGAUGAGCUCUUCAUAGUCCUUUUGUCCCUCUGGGUAGUUGCAGGAGAAUGAAAUUUCCCAGCCCCCAAUGAUAGCUCAAGCCAUCCCCAACAACAGAGGAAACAAUUUAAGCUUUUAACCUUCUAAGCCCUCAACAAAGUUACUUGGUGAUGGGCUCCAAAGCCUGAGGAGUCCCUUCUUUCCAGCCCUUUCCAUCUGUUACAGCUCAUUCCCUCAACAGGCAAACCAGAGCGCUGGACCAGGCAAUUCCUCAGAUUUUUACUAGCCUUAGUAUUCUUCUAAAUAUUUUAUUACCUCAUUUGCCAGUUAAAUUACUCAGUCCCUGACCCGUUCACUUGAACUUUGUUUUCCACACUCAUUACAUCUUAAAAGUCACACUUCUCUAACUCCAUCAGAGUAUCCAGUGGAGUUUAUUACUGGCAGUAUGAUAGUCUCUUACAUUGGUGCAGUACUUUUACUUUAUAAUGCAUUUUUAAAAUAUAUUACUUUAUUAGAUCCUCAAGAAUAGACAAUAUUUCUGUGUUGUUUUUGCUUUGGGUCUUAGAGCUUGGGGUCAUUUUAGCUUAUUCUUGUCACUAUGGUGAAAGACCAUGAAGGCCACUGAGCUCUGUUGCAAUGGACAUUCACUGGACACUAUCCUUAAUAGCAUUGACUUCCUGUGGCUCCAGGUGCUCCAUUCUAGCCUUAAAGUAGCCCAUGUGCCCUGCUGUGUUGCCCAUUUCCCUGACGACUACUCCAGUUGCCUUCAGGGUCCACAGCAGAGCAAAUUCUCCAUCCUGACCUUUGAGGAGUGUGUGUGUCACUAUGGCUGGCUUUCCUUGCUUCCUUUCUUGCUGCCACUGUACAUCUCUACUCUGCAUCUGGUGCUUUGAACACUCCUGGGUUUGCGAACCAUGUGUUCUGGGUUCUUUCCUAGAUUUCUUUCUGUGUACUGUGCUUAUGCAUAGUACUUUCAACAUAAUUCUUUCACUCAACCCACUUAGAAAACCUUGAAGAAGCGACCACCAGUGAACAGAGACCCAUCUGAGCUAAGGACACCAUGGCCACAUCAGCACCACUGCGGAGUCUGGAGGAGGAGGUGACUUGCUCCAUCUGCCUUGAUUACCUGCGGGACCCUGUGACCAUCGACUGUGGCCAUGUCUUCUGCCGCAGCUGCACCACUGACAUCUGCCCUAUCUCGGGGGGGCGGCCUGUCUGCCCCCUCUGCAAGAAGCCUUUUAAGAAGGAGAACAUCCGCCCCGUGUGGCAGCUGGCCAGCCUGGUGGAGAACAUCGAGCGGCUGAAAGUGGACAAAGGCAAGCAGCUAGGGAAUGCAACCCAGGAGCAGCAGGAUGUGAAGCUGUGUGAGCGGCACUGGGAGAAGCUGCACUAUUUCUGUGAGGAUGAUAAGCAGCUGCUGUGUGUGCUAUGCAGGGAGUCCCGGGAGCAUCGGCCCCACAAAGCUAUCCUGCUGGAGAAGGCUGCCCAGCCCCACAGGGAACAAAUCCUGAACCACCUGGGCACUCUAAGGAGAGACAGAGACAGAAUUCGCGGCUGUCAGGAGAAGGGAGAAGCUGACUUCCUGGCUGCGCUGAAGCAGCUCCAGGAGCAGAGGCAGCACAUCGUGGCUGAGUUUGAGCAGGGCCACCAGUUCCUGAAGGAGCGGGAGCAGCAUCUGCUAGGCCAACUGGCGAGGCUGGAACAGGAACUCACAGAGGGCCGGGAGAAGCACAACAGCAGGGGUGUCUCGGAGCUUGCCCGGCUGGCAGGGCUCAUCUCUGAGCUGGAGGGCAAGGUGCAGCAGCCAGCAGCAGAGCUCAUGAAGGACACCAGAGACUUCUUGAACAGAUAUCCACGGAAGAAGUUCUGGCUUGGGAAACCCAUUGCUCGAGUGGUUAAAAAAAGGACAGGAGAAUUCUCAGACAAACUCCUGUGUCUGCAGCGAGGCCUGAGAGAAUUCCAGGGGAAGCUGCUGAGAGACUUAGAAUAUAGAACAGUGAGUGUGACCCUGGACCCAAAGUCGGCCAGUGGGUACCUGCAGCUGUCAGAGGACUGGAAGUGUGUGACCUACAAUGAUGGCCUGUACCAGAGUGCUUACCUGCACCCCCAGCAGUUUGACUGUGAGCCAGCGGUGCUGGGCAGUAAGGGCUUCACCUGGGGCAAGGUCUACUGGGAAGUGGAAGUGGAGAGGGAGAGGUGUUCAGAGGAUGAAACGGACAGGGAUGAGGAGGAUGAUUGGGAAGAGGAGGAAGAGGAAGAGGAGCCUGUCUAUGGGGAUGGAUAUAAUGAUUCGGAAACAGAUGAGGAUGAGGAGUCCUCCUUGGGGGAUGAAGAGGAAGAAGAGGAGGAGGAAGUUCUGGAAAGCUGCAUGGUGGGUGUGGCUAGAGACUCAAUGAAGAAGAAGGGAGAGCUCUCCCUGCAGCCAGAGGAUGGGGUGUGGGCCCUGCGCCUCUCCCCUGGGGGUAUCUGGGCCAACACCAACCCUGAGGCUGAGCUCUUCCUGGCAGUGCAGCCCCGGAGAGUGGGCAUUGCCCUGGAUUAUGAAGGGGGCACCGUGACUUUCACCAAUGCAGAGUCGCAAGAACUCAUCUACACCUUUACUACCACAUUCACCCAGCGCCUGGUCCCCUUCCUGUGGCUCAAGUGGCCUGGAACACGCCUCCUGUUGAGACCCUGAGCACCCUGCCUGAUGCCUCUCUCUGGCCCCCAUUGCUUUUGGAAUUCCAGGACUGAACGGAGUAGGGGGUGCCUGAAUCAAGGGAGAGAAGGCACCCCAAGUCCUCUUCUGGUCCCCUCCCAAUGAGCGUGGUCCCUGAGACCUCACUCAGUGCUGCUGCUCCACCCACAUUGCCUUGGCCUGCUCUUCUAGGAGUCCUGUGCAAACUUCCAUUCCUGAAGUCCACAUGGGCUCCUCCCUUCCUCCUGCCCACUGCCUUUGACCCAGCCCUGCAUUCUCUUUGUUGAGUACAGGCCAGGCGGCAUUUUCUUGCCCAGUGUAGCGUCCCAUGUCAGAUGUCCUUGGAAAAAAUUAGUGGACUGUUCCACCCUAGCCAUUUUGCUGUCCCCAAAUCCAUAGCUUCCCUCUCACACAAAUCCACUUUGCUGCCAUCCCUGGUACUUAACACAGAGCUGCCCCAGCUCAAUGAAAUAUGUAUGAAUAGGCUGAUAUGAAUAGGUUGAAAAUGAACCAAAUGAAAACCUAGUGAGGCUUCCCUGGCACUUGAGUGACUCACCUAGAGUCCAAUGGAAGUCGUCUUCUAGUGGUCCAAAGCAGAGGCUAUGCUCUUCUGAGAUUAGGACUAUGUGAAGUUCCAGGUCUGAGAAGGUGAGGCUCCUUGCAGCAGUCUGUGGUCUUGAGAAUGUUCUAAAAAUCUGUGGCUUUGGAUGACAGUUAUAAUCAGUCCUUGUGAGGGGAGUUUUUUUUUAAAGAAUCCAGAAUAUCUGGUUCUUUUCAGUCCAUCUAAAAACAUCAGGGCAGAUACCCAGUCAAGCAAAGCCUCUCCUGCUUUGGAAGCUCUGAUAAUUUUCUCCAGUAGGGUCUCCAGACACUGGCCCUAUCAUUUUCCUAGGAGAAGGUCGGGGGAGGGCAAGACAGGCUGUGGGAGAGGAAAGGAAGGCAGCAAGAGUCCACGAGCCUGCCAGGUCAUCAUGUCAAGAGAAUUAAAGUAAAUCUGCCUACAGAACCAGCCCAAAUACCAGCCUCUGUCCAGCCCCUAGUGUCCACAGGUUAACACACUUCCCUGCUCCUGCCAGACCACCUUGUAGCCACAUCCCUGCUCUGCCUAAGGGACUGCUUCCAGCUGCCGUGGAUCAUCACACUGCUCCCAUAGCCAGCAUGCUGUGUAUGUUACAUGCUACCCAAGUCACGAACAUCUGACUUCUGUCUCUAGUACUGUAAGCUCCUUGAGAGUGGGUACCAUAUGUGGUAUUUCUCUGGUGUUCUCCAUGGCACUUAGUGCAUUUCUGGGUGCAGAACAGGUGCUCAAUAAAAUCUUGUUGACAGCCUA